UUUUAAUUCAUUCCCAGCUUCCAGCUUUCAUCAUUCCAAAGAAUAACAAACAAGACCAAAGAUCAUAUUUUGAUGGAGAAAUCUGGGUAUGGAGUAGAUGGCAUUUACAGGUCUUUAAGGCCUCCAGUUGUUCUUCCCAAGGAACCAAAUCUUUCCAUGGUUUCAUUCCUCUUGAGAAACGUCUCCUCUUACCCCGACAAAACAGCGCUCAUCGAUGCAGAUUCUGGUGAAACACUCACUUUCUCUCAGUUUAAAUCCACUGUCAUCAAGCUCUCCCAUGCUUUUCUCAAUCUGGAUAUCAACAAAAACGACCGAAUCUUGAUCUUUGCGCCCAAUUCAAUCCAGUUCCCUCUUUGUUUCUUUGCUGUAACAGCCAUCGGUGCCAUCGCUACAACUGCCAACCCAAUUUAUACGGUCAACGAACUCUCGAAACAACUCGAAGAUUCCAAUCCGAAGCUUAUCGUCACUGUCCCUGAAUUGUUCGACAAAGUUAAAGAUUUAAAGAUCCCUUUGAUCCUACUUGGUUCUAAACGUAACCAGAGACCGUCUGAUGUAAAAUACACCCCCAAAAUUAUUUCUUUCCACGAUCUACUUGAUUCAGCGGGGAACGUAACGGAGUUUCCCGCCGUGUCUCGUUCUGUUAAGCAGACCGACACGGCAGUGCUUCUGUACUCUUCGGGCACGACAGGUGUCAGUAAGGGAGUCAUUCUAACUCAUAGGAAUUUCAUUGCAUCGUCUUUGAUGGUGACAAAGGAUCAAGAACUUGCUGGGGAUAUGCACAGGGUUUACUUGUGCAUUUUGCCUAUGUUUCAUGUGUUUGGAUUGGCUGUCAUCGUGUACGGACAGCUGCAGAUGGGAAACACUUUGGUGUCAAUGGCGAAGUUUGAAUUUGAGACGUUUUUGAGGAAUGCUGAGAAGUAUAGGGCAACCGAUUUGUGGGUUGUGCCUCCUAUUGUGCUUGCCAUGGCUAAGCAGAAUGUGGUUAACAAGUUUGAUCUUUCCUCAUUGAAGCAAAUUAGUUCUGGUGCUGCACCUUUGGGAAAGGAAUUGAUGGAGGAGUGCGCAAAGAAGUUCCCUCAGGCUGUUGUUAUGCAGGGCUAUGGAAUGACUGAAACUUGCGCGAUUAUAUCGAUGGAAAGUGCCGCAUUCGGUGUCCGACAUACUGGUUCAGCUGGAUCGCUUGCUCCAUGCAUUGAAGCUCAGAUCAUUAGUACACAAAAUUCAGAGCCUCUUCCUCCAGACCAAUUAGGGGAAAUAUGGGUUCGAGGGCCUAAUAUGAUGCAAGGUUACUUCAACAAUCCAGAGGCAACUAAACUGACAAUUGAUGAAAAGGGUUGGGUUCAUACUGGAGAUCUUGGAUACUUUGAUGAGAAUGGGAAUCUCUAUGUUGUUGACAGGAUUAAGGAGUUGAUCAAGUACAAAGGUUUCCAGGUUGCACCAGCAGAGCUUGAAGGGCUACUUUUGUCUCACCCUGAAAUAUUGGAUGCUGUUGUUAUCCCAUAUCCCGAUGACGAAGCCGGUGAGGUCCCAGUUGCAUACGUUGUUCGCUCACCCAACAGUUCGCUAACCGAAGAAUACGUUCAAAAUUUCAUCGCUAAACAGGUGGCACCUUUCAAAAGGUUAAGGAAGGUGACGUUCAUAUACAGUGUCCCAAAGUCGGCUUCAGGGAAAAUUCUGAGGAGAGAACUUAUCGCCAAAGUACGAUCCAAAAUGUGAGAUUCUGUUUUAUGCACAUAAC